GAGGCAUUCGGUUCUAUCCGGUAGUUCAGUUCCUGCGGUGUGUCGUGGUUCGCCGUCUCCCAUUCAUUUCGUUGCGCCGCCGUGUGUUCUUUCCACGGGAAAAGCAAAAAAAGAAGCCAUUCCAACCAACCCGCCCCAUUCCGUCGCAGUGAGUGCGGUGAAUUUUUGCUUCGUUCCGUGCAAAGGGAAGAUAACACUCGACUCAGCACUUUUAUUCCACACCUCGCGGUUUUCUCCGGUGAGUCGAGUUUUUCAGCAGUUCCGUACGCGGCGACCUCUUUGAUCCGGAACUUUUCAUCGAGUGGUGUGGGGCAAAGGCGACACAACGGGUCGGAUCAUUUUCCAGUGCUUCUUUGCGCCGCUCAGCUUCUUCGUCCAUCGCGCGACACGACGCCCAUGUGUAGCAGUUUCUGGUGACCUUCUUAUCCCGUAAAUCAGGAAAAAUAAAUAACGAGGCGAUUGCUUGGAUUGCUUACUCAUUUCGUGGCACUAUUUGUCAUCGCGGUGGCGGCGUUAAUUAAAUAUUGCAAUUAAGGGCGAAAUAGUGAAGGAGCCUCCAAAUCGGGAAGUGAGAGUGUGAAGCCUUGUGUAAUUCUUUCCUGUUGAUAAUAAAGUAUCUUGUGUUACUAAAAAAAAUAUACGGGCUACGUGCAAAGGAAUCAGUUUUCAUUGGGUGACUCAUUUCUUCUUGCGGGGAUUAUAAGUUCCGGUUUGGCAGCAAGUCUCCAAGUAGCCAGCGAAAAUGCUGAUUAAAGAAUUUCGAGUAACGUUGCCCCUGACAGUGGAGGAGUAUCAAGUUGCACAGCUCUAUUCAGUGGCAGAGGUGUCCAAAAACGAAACCGGAGGCGGAGAAGGAAUAGAAGUGCUCAAAAAUGAACCCUUCACUAAUUACCCACUGCUCGGAGGCAAAUACUCUUCGGGACAGUACACCUACAAAAUCUAUCACUUGGCCUCGAAGGUCCCGGCCUUCAUCAGACUGCUAGCGCCUAAAGGAUCGCUGGAAGUGCACGAAGAAGCCUGGAAUGCAUACCCCUACUGCCGGACAGUUAUAACCAAUCCCGGCUACAUGAAGGAAAAUUUCAUCAUCUGUAUCGAAUCACUGCACGUCGCCGAUGGCGGUGAUCAGACUAAUGCUCAUGAGCUGCCACCGGAGAAGCUGAAACAGCGUGAUGUGGUACAUAUUGACAUUGCCAACGAUCCAGUGACGGCAGCGGACUACAAAGAAUCAGAAGACCCUACCAAAUUCAAAUCGGUGAAAACCGGUCGAGGACCGCUGGUCGGUCCUGAGUGGAAGAAGAAGGUGCAGCCGGUGAUGACCUGCUACAAGCUUGUCACCUGCGAAUUCAAGUGGUUCGGGCUGCAGACGAGAAUAGAGAACUUCAUUCAGAAAUCAGAGCGAAGACUGUUCACAACUUUCCACCGACAAGUAUUCUGCUGGAUGGACAGCUGGCACGGGCUUACAAUGGAGGACAUCCGUGAGCUGGAGGACAAGACCAAAGAGGAGCUGGACAAACAGCGUCACCUUGGCGAAGUGCGCGGAAUGCGCGCCGAAACGGACUAAGCCAUUGUUUGCAUAUUUCUGGAGGGAGUCAUAUUGGAAAAAAUGGUACUGGUUACUUGGCAUAAAAAAGGGGGAGAGGAAAUUGGAUACCGGAUAUUAUAAUCGACAGUUUGACAGUUGUCUUGGAGAUUACAAAAUAAUAAAAAAAUCCCAUUGCGGAUGACUUGUAAGCGGAAAACAACAGUAAUUAUACAAUGAAUGAAACAAAUACAACCGUAGCUACAGAGGUACACAUAUGCUGGUUUAGUCUUACCUACCGCAGGUAUACUACAGAUAGGCAAGCAGGAAUCCACUUAGACACACAACACAGCAACACAAUAACUGACAAAUAGAACACACGAAAAAAGCAACUAAUUAGGCAUCGUUAUAGAAGACGUGGGUGACUUGUAGAACAGAGACAAAAGAAGUUAUAUUUAAGAUAAACGUAAAAAGAGCACGUAGCGUAUAGUGGAGAUGGAUGCAACAGUUUCAAUAGACAAAACAUAUUUGAAUCCUGCUGGUGAUGAAGCAAAACAACAAAAGAAAAACAGAAAACACCUAUACAUAAAUAGAAUAUAAAAGUCUUAGCAAUGAAGGAUCCAGUCUAUUCCUUUUUAUAUGCUAAAGGGAAGCACUGAAAUGAGAAUGAAAAAACAAUCCAAGCUGGAUUUAGUCAAAUUUGUUUUAAAAUCGCAAAUAAUUGAAUACACUCGCGCCCAUGAUUACGUUCCCUGGUAUUGUUUUUAUUUUAUCAAAUACAUACAUACAGUCAAACACACACUCCCAUAAGUUUUGAUUAGUUCGAUUAUUGUUUUUUUUAAACGGAGAAAUCAUAUAUUUAACAAACUUCUAUAGAAUUACAGAGACAGGACCCGAAAUGUUCGGCAGCACGGCAUGCGUGAGUAAAGCAAGAAAUUAACCUAAGCUAAGUACACGGCAAUGAUAAGCUAGUGCGUAUGUUUGCGAUGAGCUAUUUGUAUAAGUAGUCCUCAAUCGUGUGAUAAAGGUUCCAUCGGCUGGGAUGCGUGCGCGCGCGUGCGUGUUUUAGAUUCAGUUCUCUUUAAUAGUAGGGCAAAGUUAACUAAGCUAUCAACAAAUUCUUUCCAUUAACAUUACUUACUGACCCAAAGGAGACGAGGCGAAGCAACCGCAGCAGGAACGACAGAAACGAAUCCCUCCUAGUUUUGCUUCUACAAAAACAUUAUUACUGGCAGGAUUCGUUUCUUGGUAGAGGUUACUGUCUGUUUCUGUUUUGUAUGAUAUGUUCGUUCCCGGACAGAAGAUCAGAGAAGCAAAAACAAAACAUACUGUUCUAGAAGUUAGAUUCUGUUCCAAUGAACUUGGCAAAUGUUAUUGAAUUAAAAUUGGAAUUUGAGGAAAAUGUU